GAGGAAGAAGUCUGGGGUCGGAUUCUGGGCGAGUGGCUCUCAAGGAUGCAGCCGGCAGGGCCCGAGUAUCUCAGGGCCACUACGGCAGGCCGCGCCUUGUUCCUGGGCAGAGCCUUUAUCUUUCGCAAGGAGAGAACUCACGCGGCAGACAAGGCGGAUUUCAGGCACAGCUUCCGCACGAAGAAUAUCACGUGCUUUUGGUCACACAGCUGGAGGACACGCGCAUGGCGCAAGACUGCGUUGCUCCUGCUUUGGUACAACCAUCUUCCCGCCAACGUCGUUGCAGCGCUGGGUGGUCUGGCUACGUGUGUGCUAUGCUGCUGCGACCUGCUGCCCGGGAACCUUCGGCAGCCAAUGAUGGGGCCCCCUGGCAUGGUGCCUAUGGGAGCGUGGUGCCUGUGCACAGCAACUUUGCUCUUCUAUUCCGUCCUGUUUUUGUGGAGGAGUCAGGCCUCUGUUUGGGUGGACGCACUUUGUAUACAUCAAUCCGACAAGAAGCUGAAAGCAGCAGGAAUGCUGAGCCUGGGGGCAUGUCUGAGUCAGUCAGACUCUUUGCUGGUUCUCUGGGAUUCUUCUUGGAUCCAAAGACUCUGGUGCGUCUUUGAGCUUGCAGCGUUUCUCAAACGCCACGGAAAUCAUGCUGGACAUCGCGUGGCAAUCCUACCACUUUUCCUACUGGUUAUGUACAUCAACCACUUGUCUGUGGUGGCAAUGAUGUUGGCAAGCCUGAUAACGCCAUCUGACGCGCCCCUUGUGACUUCACUCUCGUCCUUGUGCGUGGUAUUCAUUCUGUCUUUCGUUGUGGAACUCUUGGUUUUCAACUACUACCGCAAGCUCCAGGACGUGACUUCCCAGAUUCAGGACUUCCGACUGCAGCGUGCGACCUGCUAUUGCUGCGAUCACAAUCACCCGACAGAUCAGCCAUGUGAUCGCCUGGCUCUUGUAGAAUGCAUUCGCCUGUGGUUUGGAUCAGAGGAGGCCUUCGAACAGUGUGUUUCUUCCACGGUGGCCGGCGCACUGAAGGACAAGUUGGGGCAAUUUCCGGUGCCAAUCUGGCUGCUGCUCUCGUCGUCCGCGGGCUGGGCCUGGGGCUUCAUGGACUGCAUCGCUGCGCAAGUGCGGGUAGGUGGCUACCUGGUUUAA